AGGAGCAAGGAACUCCAUCGCAUCCAGAGCUCAUCAAGAACAUGGCAGUAUCUACAUCCAUGGGUGCCCUUGUCACAUCAUCCACAACACUGCCAAACAGGCUGGCCAGGCCUUUUUGGAGGUGUGUGGAUUUGAUCCAGAGGAUCUCGCUGUGGAUGUUGGAUAUUGGUUUAAAGGAAGCACCAAUCGCAAAGGUUACCUAACAGAAUUCUGUGAGCUCCAUGGAAGUGAGUAUAUGGAAAUGCUCAUGCACGUUUCUGUUCGAUGGUUGAGCCUGGAGAAGUGUUUGACUCGUAUCCUGCAGCAGUAUGAGCCACUGGCCAGCUACUUCAAGUCAUUAAAUGACAAACAGCCAAGGUUCAGGAGGCUUGUGGUGGCAUUCUCUGACUCAAUUACAGAGGUGUACCUACUGUUCUUUCAAGCAACUUUUCCAGUCUUCUCCACAUUCAACCUCCUCCUCCAGAGAGAGAAGUCGUCAAUCUUCCUACUACAUGAUGAGAUGAGGGGUUUUAUCCGCAAGCUGCUCUCAAAGUUUCUGAAGCCCGCAGCAUUGCAGCACCGGGAACUGCAUGAAAUAUGCUUUAAGGAGCCAUCCAACCAACUGCCAGGAGAAAAGUUGGUGAUUGGCUUCACUACUCGAGUUACACUCAACAGGCUCCUUGAAGCAGGAGCCAUUACACCGCAGCAAGUGCAGAGGUUCCAGAAGGCAGCAGUGGCGUUUCUGGAAAGGGCUGUGGAGUAUGCCAUCAAGAAACUCCCCAUGAAAGAGCCUCUGAUUAAACAUGCCAUGUUUCUGGAUGUCCAGCAGAGAGCAGAGUGUGGAGUGGAAGAUGCCUUCUACUUUGUCGACAGAUUUCCUGAACUUCUCCCAUACAAUGGACCUGAAGAGCGUGACAAACUUUGUGAGGAGUUUCUGGACUACCAGACCAUGGACAUUGCCAUGCCCGACGACCCAGCAAUGUUUGACUUUGAGAGAUUUUGGGGGAACAUGGCAUCAAUGAAGAACAAGGUGACCGGUAUGAGCAGAUUUGGCAGGCUGUCUUGUAUUGCCAAGUUGGUCUUGGUCAUGCCUCACUCCAAUGCUGAUGCAGAGCGAGUUUUCUCUGUGGUUGGACUAAAUAAGACCAAGACCCGAAACAGUUUGGCUCUUGAGGGAACUCUGUCAUCCAUCAUGACCGUGAAGAUGGCGAGCCUUGAGCCAGACUGUUUUAAGUGGGAGCCCCCUGCCUCUGUCAUCAAGGCAUCAAAAUCUGCCACCAACACCUACAACGUUAGACAUGCUAAAUGAUUGACAAAUAAAUGUAUUUUGUCAAAAUUCUUGUCUUGUUAAUUUCUGGUUAAGAGAGGUUAGGAGGCCACAGUGCAGAGAGCAGCUGG